AUGGGCUCUUCCUCUUCCUCGCAGUCGUCUUUGCCUCCGGCGGCGAUGAAAGACAGAGGGUAUAUAAACUGGGCGGAGCUUCCGCCGGAAUUGACGUCAUCGAUCCUGGUCCGGCUCGGCGCGAUUGAUAUACUGGAAAACGCUCAGAGAGUGUGUACAUCGUGGCGUCGCGUCUGUAAAGACCCUUUUAUGUGGCGGAAGAUUGUCAUGCAUGAGCGUGGAUACUUGACAGAUAGAGUGAAGUACGAACUCGCGAUCAUGUGCCGCCACGCAGUUGAUCGCAGCCAGGGAGGCUUGCUUGAGAUCGAAAUUUGGCACUUCGCUACUGAUUCUCUCCUCACUUACAUCGCCGACAGGUCGAGUAAUCUGAGAAGCCUUAGGCUUACAAUGUGCAAUCUACUAUCAGACAAGGGACGUGCCCUAUCGGUUGCGAAACUUCCAUUGCUUGAGGAACUCGAGCUUUCACACUGCUCACUGUCAGAAGAGUCUCUGAAAGCUGUAGGCCAAUCUUGUCCAAAUCUGAAGACAUUGAAGCUAAACAUGCGUGGUAACAGGGACUCUGGCAUCGUGUACGAUGAUGAUGCUUUCGCAAUCUCUGAAACAAUGCGCGGACUUGUCCACCUCCAGCUUUUCGGGAACUAUCUAACCAACGCGGGGUUAAACGCCAUUCUUGACAAUUGUCCUAACCUGGAACACCUUGAUCUACGCCAGUGUUUCAACCUUAACCUUGUUGGUGAUUUGGAGAAACGGUGUUCCGAGAGGAUCAAAGUUGUGAGGCGCCCCAAUGACUCGACUCAUGAUUACCCAUUUGAUGCAACGGUUUUCGAAUGUGAUCCAUCUUCAUCUGAUGAUGAUGAUUUUGGUUUUGGCUUUAUUCCAGGCUUUUACUGA